AUGGGAGGAUGCCUCUCCAAACCCAAACCAGUAGAGGUCAAAGUUGAGCUCACUCUUUUGGACAAAGAGAAGGAGGUGGACUUGAUGUCUCCGAAUGGAAAGGCCAGUCCAUUUUCAGAAUGCAGACCCAACGGAUCUCUGGGACACUGUUCGGAUGAGGACAGCAUGACACUGCGGCCACAGCGGAAAAACAGAGAUUACAUAGAAGCAUCUGUCUGCCACAUAAAAGACCUGGAGAAUGGACAAAUGCGUGAGGUGGAUUUGGGGGCAGGUCGGGCUCUGCUCAUUAAGGAACAUGGAGAAUUCUUUGCCAUGGGACACAAGUGCCCACAUUAUGGGGCUCCACUGGUCAAAGGUGUGCUGUCAAAAGGGCAUGUGCGAUGUCCAUGGCAUGGGGCAUGUUUUAACAUCGCUACGGGGGAUAUUGAGGAUUUUCCUGGACUAGACAGUUUGCCUACUUUCCAGGUCAGAGUCGAAAAGGAGAAGGUGAUAAUAAGAGCAAACAAGCAGGCCCUUCAGACUCAACGGCGAUCAAAGGUUAUGUCAAAAUGCUCUGCCGUCAUCAAUUCCAGCACUGGAUUCAGUCACGUUCUCAUUAUUGGAUCAGGGCCUGCUGGUCUGGUGUGUGCUGAGACACUGAGGCAGGAGGGCUUCACUGACCGUAUAGUGAUCUGCACCACGGACAAACAUCUGCCUUACGACAGGCCUAAACUGAGUAAGUCUUUAGAGAGCACGGCUGAACAGCUGCAGUUGCGUUCAUCUGAUUUCUUUCAGAUGCAUGACAUUGAGGUAUUACUGGAGAAAGAGGUUGUCUCUGUGGAUGUGAAGACACACACUGUGACAUUUAGGGAUGGGUUUAAAAUGGAAUAUCGAAAACUCUUCAUUGCCACUGGAAGCAGGCCCAAACCUCUGAGUUACAAAGGUAAAGAUGUGGGAAAUGUAUUUCACCUCCGAACGCCAGAGGAUGCCAACAGCAUCGUCACACUCGCCAGCAGUAAGAACGCCGUCAUUAUUGGAACCUCGUUUAUUGGAAUGGAGGUUGCUGCAGCUCUCACAGAUAAGGCUCAUUCAGUGUCUGUGAUCGGCAUAGAGGCUGUGCCAUUCCGGAAAGCUCUCGGAGAGAAAGUCGGGAAAGCUUUGAUGAAGCUGUUCGAGGCCAACAGGGUGAAGUUCUACAUGUUGAAUGAGGUGUGGGAGAUGCGAGGGCACAAUGGACAGCUCAAAGAAGUGGUUCUAAAGAGUGGCAAAGUCUUAAGAGCUGACGUCUGCGUCAUUGGCAUAGGUUCAAGUCCAGCCACAGCAUUCCUGAAGCAGAGCGGGGUUCACAUAGACUCUAAAGGAUUCAUCCCAGUCAAUAAGACCAUGCAGACGAACAUAGAUGGGGUGUUUGCUGGUGGUGACGUGGUCACGUUUCCUCUAGCUCUACGCAGCAAUAAGAAGGUGAACAUACCCCACUGGCAGAUGGCUCAUGUACACGGUAGACUGGCGGCACUUGGGAUCAUGGGAAAAGCCUCAGAUAUAAAAACGGUGCCUUAUUUCUGGACAGCCAUGUUUGGAAAAAGCAUACGAUAUGCAGGUUACGGUGAUGGCUUUGACGAUGUCGUCAUCCAGGGAGAUUUGGAUGAACUGAAAUUCGUGGCGUUCUACACAAAGAGUGAGGAGGUGGUCGCUGUGGCCAGUAUGAACUAUGACCCCAUUGUGUCGCGGGUUGCUGAAGUUUUCGGUUCUGGAAAGACGAUUAGAAAACGUGACGUAGAGACAGGAGACAUGUCGUGGCUGAUUGUCAAAGGCUCACAGUGA